AAGGUAAAUAGCUUUCCUAAUAUGUUUAUAUUUGUCACUUACAUGAGCUACAGCUUGAAUAUUUGGCAUGAAACAUAGUAUUGUUAACCCCUUCUAUGUUUGAUAAAAUUAUGGCAUUGAGACUAAAUGGGCUCCAACCAUGAGAUGGCAUGUCCACCUGUAAGGGGCUAUGGAUUUUCCUUAUAUGUAUAACAACGAGUAACUUCCCUUGCACCCAUUGACUUUACAUAACAGUCAUUGACUUCCAUAACAACCAGUGACUUACAUAGUAACCAGUGCCAUAUGAACCUGUGGCUUCCACUGUAACAAUUGACUUUUCAUAGCAACCAGUUCAAUAAGAACCAAGGAUUUCAUAGCAACAUUAGGGGCGUCCGUGGCCGAGUGGAUAAGGUUGUUGACUUCAAAACCACUUGCCCCUCACCGCUGUUGGUUCGAAUCCCGACAGGGACUUUAAUACUUUCAUGUGAGGAAGCUAUCCAGCUUGCUUACGGAACGUCGGUGGUUCUUCUCGGGUGCCCGUUCAUGUCUGAAAUAAUGCACGGAGGGGCACCUGAGGUCUUCCUCCACCAGUAAAGCUGGAAUGUCGCGAUAUGAUCUAUACUGUGUCGAUGUGACGUAAAACCCAAUCAAACAAACAAACAAUCAUAGCAACCUUUGACUUUCAAUAGCAUCCAGUAACUGUCAUAGCAAUCAACCACUUUUAUACCAUUUUUAAAUUUUGCUUAAAUUACUGUGACUGUUGUAAAUAUACAACACUUAUAAACAUACUUACACAUUGAAUAAUUUAUUGUUUAGUAUAAAAUUGACUUGUUAAUGACCUUGACAUCCUAUGAGAAGACGUUAAGUGUGGCCCUUGAUUUAUACAAUGAUAAAUUUACAUGAAUUUUGUCAAAUGAUUUCUUUCUAUCUGCCAGCAAAUGAAUUAAGUUACAAUGCAACUUAUGGCAAAAUAUUUGGGGCAUAUGGCUUUAUUUGUCAUGUUUUAGGUUAUAGAUGGGCAGCAUUACUUGUAGCAGGAAAAGAUACGGAAGAUGCAAACAGGGUUGAAAUAUCAAAGGCUUUGACCAAAGAUGUUAAGGACUUGGAGAAGCUGUUGACAUCUCUUGCACCUCGAGUAUUUGGGAUAAGCAACAACAACGUUCGAACAGUUGUACCCUCUGCUCCAGACAAAAUAGAUGAUGGAGAAAAAUUAUGGCCAAAGUUCAAAGAAAGCAUCCGUGACUUUAGUCAGAGAACAGAUAUAGAUACCAUGCUCAUAUAUAUUUCCUGCCAUGGAGCUCGAUCAAAUAGGUCUGAAGAUUUCAAGUUUCAACUUGGAUCAAGUCCAGAUGACAGUAUCACUCUUCAGCAAUUUGAAGAAGAGCUAGAGCUUUUGGGAAAGAUUGAAAAACUGAUAAUUGUGUUAGAUCGAUGCUACCCUCCAUUGGUAAGAUUAGAGAAAAGGGACAGAGAAUACAUUCAGAUGAACUCUUGUAAGCAGGACCAGAAGGCGCAGAUGGAUAUUAAUGGAAGCCUCUUUACAAGAUUUUUUAUCAGAGGAUUAAAAGCGAAGUCAGAGGGGAAAAUUUGUCCAGAUAAUUGUGAGCCUUGUAUUGACUACUGGGAUGGGAGUAAAGAUUUCAUAACAGUUUACAAUUUAUAUGACUACAUCAAAGGUCAUUUAAGUGAUGAACAAACUCCAUUCUGUACGACUCAAGUGACUGAUCAUAACAUUGCAUUCUACACAGGUGAUAGAGUGGAAAUACAAUUCAGUCAUAAAGACUCCUCUAAAAACAUACCGCUUGAUCAUAUUAAAGAUAUGGAAGAAUUGAAAAAGAAAUUGAAAGAAGCGUUUGGUCAAGAAAGAGAUGAAGUCUGUAUACUAAAAGAUACCUUCAGGAAGGUUGAAAAACUGGACCAAAAUCUCGAUUGUGACACCAUAGACAAAGUAAUGCUUGCUUGGGUCCAAAGACACAGACUAUAUGUUACUUUUAACCCUUAACUAUAUUGUUAAUCCAGUUUUUAAUGUCCCCCUUUGAAAAGGGCGCACAUAUAUUGUUUUGCAAAAUGAUGUCUGUUUGACAACUGGCACACUAUUGAACCCAUACUUUCUUAGUUAUAUUGAUUUUAUCCAGUAAAAACACUAAUUGAUUUUGAGGUCAUGGGUCAAAGGUCCAUGUCAUAUUGACAUUGUAUCCUACCAAUAAUUUGACAACACAUAAGCCCUUGGCCCUAACACUACUUUGGUGUAUUAUUAUUUGCUAAUACAUGAUCCCUAUUUAUUAUGUGGUCGCAUAUUCAUAGGUCAAGGUCCAAUUGACCUUGUAUGUCCACAUUGUUUCCCGACCGAACAUGUGUAAAUAACGAUGGGUCCUUUUGCCUCAAAUUACAUAGGUGCAUUUGUCUUGGCCAGUAGAUGACCCCCUUCUUUUUUUUGGUGGAAGACCAAGUUCAGAUUGGUCUUGACUUUAAUCUUGCAUGCGAAAACGUUUUCCGACAUGAACUCUUUAUUUAUAUUUUUGCAUUUUAUACUGUCAAUAUAUCCACUGUUGGUUUCGUUUAAGCCAAUCAUUCUUAAAUUGCUCUUAUUUGCUUCGUGUUCAAGAUAAUAAUUUCAGUACCAAUUUCUCGAAACUCUUACAUUUUCAGAUCAAUUUUAUCACUAAAUAUUCAACCUCUAAAUAUGGUCUCUCUAAAAAAAAUGACCUGAACUUUUUAAUUUCAAAUUCAAUCAACAUCAGAAACUCGACCAUGGUUUGUUUCUAUGUUGCCAGAAUCAGUUAACGUUAAUUGACCAAGAAUGCGACAAAAUUUACUGACCUAAGCAGAAUUUUUUCAUGAAUAAGGUUUAAAAUUUUCGGUGAGCCGAUAAAUAUUUGAUUUUCGAGCAAUAAACAAUUUUAUACCUGUUUGUAUAACUAUAAAAUAUUGAUAGGAUCAAGGUUACGCACACUAGACUUGUAAGAAUAACUAUUAAGGUUGCAAACAUUCUGUAGUGUAUAUCAUAACUUGUGUAAGUAGUGUAUGGCUUAUAUACUCUCCUUUCCCAAUACUUGCUUGCGACCAUGUUGUUAUUAUAAUCAAAUACGCUCUCUGCAUGUAAUUUAAUCAACACCUAUACUUUUUCCUGAAUACAGCCGACCAAGUAUAAGAAUAACGAAUUACGUUGUUUGUCCCCAUUUGCUCCCGUAUGUUUUAUAGUGCAUUAUCACAACUGUUAUGUAAAAAUAUUUAAUACAUACAAUGUAAACAGUCAAACCGGACGCACCAGAACGUAUAAAAGUGCAGGUUACAUGUGCAAAUUGAUAAAAUGUAGCGCAAUAUUAGCAAAGUUUUCUAAUAGAAUUCCAUUAAGUUCACUAAUGCAAUAGAACACAAAAUAACCAUUUGGUAAUCCAAAAUGGUCUGUUUACACCCAUAAAAAAUAUUUCUUCCGGCUCGAAUGAAAAUGACAAACGUUUCAAUUGUACUAAGAGCACUUCAAAACAAUCCAGAGCCACCAAUACGAUGAAUAUUUCGGACCAUAAUUCAACUUUUAGAAUCAGUGACCACUCUGGAUAAAUGAAACAAGAAAAACAUAAUGUGAAAAUUGCUGUCUAUUAAUAAGAUAAUGAAAGAGGAAAUAAUUUCAUACCGCCUUUGAAAGCACUAGCUUAAAUAAUUAUCAGCCAGUAUUGGAGUCAAGGAUUCGAAAGAAUGGAAAAUCACUAAGAUAAAGAAUUGGCAAUUUGGCAAGGUGAGGUCCCUGAAGAACAAUAAAAACUAACAUGAUUAGAAGGAGCCGGUUCAAGCAGUCGUUUUGUUUGCUGUGGUUGUAUAUUUGUAUGUAGCACGAACAUGUAUAUUUUACAUAUUAUAUCUAUAGUUUUAUGAGACUAUUACCUGUUUGAAGGUUAAAGUGAAAAUAAAUAAAGAGUAAAUAUUAAAUUAUAACAAAGGAUUGCUAGCCAUGUGGAUUCAAAAUUUACACCCAUAUCUGUGUUUGAAGCUUUCAACUUACUGAAACACUUUCUGAUGCGUUCUUGUAACCAACCACGACGGUAUGACCAUUUAUCUUUGUAUGUAAGCAUCGUGCCAUAAGAUUUAUUAAAGGAAAGUGUACACAUAUACAAGUUUGUAUCAUAUGAUAUAUUUGUUUACAUGCCUCAAAGAUGUAUUAGUCAUUUGUAUGAAUUUGUAUGAUUAUUGUCAUUGAUUAACCACGUGUUAAUGUUACUGUCAUAUCUAUGUAAACAUUUAUGAGUAUAUGUUAAAGAAUUAUUUGUAUAAUCUGCGCAAAGGAGUGCCUUUGAGUUUGUAAAUUUUAAAAGUCAGAAAUCAGCUCACAAUAUUUUUGAGCAUUUUUUUCUAAAUUGCAUUUCAAUAUUUGUUAUUUUUCUCAAUUAUUCCAAUUAUGACUGUAUGCACAAUAACGUUUUUGAUUGUAUCGUACCCAACUAUUUGCUCAUAUUUUACCCAAAUUUGAUUGUUGUAUUUCAUGAAUUUUGUAAUUUAAGAAUAUAUACAGAAGAUGGUUUGUUAUGACAAAAAAAUCGUAGUUAUGGAUAUUAUUCGUACCCAGAUAAAUGCAAUAUGUUUUAAGUGUUUAGUAACGAACGUUCUGAGUUCAAAAGACUAAUAUUUUGAGUUAAAAGGUAAAAUAUUUAGUGACAAACAUUUUGAAUUAAAAGGAGUUUUCUUACCUUUUUAGGCACUUCCCUCCAUGACCUUUGUCGUCAAAAAUCAAAUAUGUAAUUUCAGCCAUUUAUUUAACAACACAUAUCGAGCUAAACAAUAUACAAUAGAAAUGACAGUGCCCUAAUACUUUAAACAAUUGCUAAGUUAUAGAACAUUUAUGUAAGAAUUAUUUUCUUGUUUGCAUUGAUAGACUGAUGUUUUCUUUAAAUUGAUUUAAUUUAUACUAUUGAUUCAUGAAGGUACAUGUAUAUGCCUUAAACAUGAAACAUGAAUUGAUUAUGAAUGAAACAAACAAAACCAACAGAUGAAAGUUAUAAACAUUACACUCUGGACUACAUUAACAUUUUCUUGGUGAAGGUAUUGAAAUAUCUAAUUUGAUUUUACGUUCAAAGUAUGUAUUUAUGACCCUUGGCAUGUACAUGUAGUUAUUGAAUUGUCCGUCUGUCCGUACCAUGUUAACAUAGACCGGUUAAUUGGAUGUAUCCUAAGAUCUAUCUAUACCAUGGCUCUUACUUAUCAAUACAUAGAACAUGAUCUUAGUAAAUUACAUAACUAAUGCCACCAUUUCUUCCAAGAAAUUACCAGUUUUAGCACUUUGAAUAUGGAUAUGGUUACCUUAACCGGCAAGUUGUAUAAAUUAUAUCAUAAAUUUGUACUAAUGGCUUUAUUAUGGCUUCAUAAUGUAACACAAGAUUAUCAAGUCCACAUAUAUAUAGCUCUAUUUAAAUGGAGAAAACGCUCUGGCGUCAUUUGUAUCAGCUAUUAACUAUAACGAAAGUUAUCUAGUAACUUGUAUGGUCUUUUUCUUUGAAUUGGAUUAGGGGUAAGUGGGUCAGAUUUUAUACAUUACAGUUGCUAAUACUGCCUGUAUUCAUUGAUGAUAUUUUUCAUUUUUGGAAGGAAUAUACCUUUGAUUGUCCUAUGUGUGGAAUCUGGGCGGGGUGGGGGGACAUUUUAUGUUGCGAAACACAUGCCUGUUAGAUACGAAGGAAUCACAAGGUCAAGGUCUGACACCUGUGCUAAUAGCUUUUUUGUGCUUUUACCAAUGUUUCAUAUUUUAAGAAAAUCAAACAGUACCUUAGGUGGUGCUUUAAAUUUGGGGUCACUGAAUUGAAGGUCAAAGUCUUGCAUUUAUAUACCUGCUAGAUUCUUAUUGGUAAGUUGACUAUUUUUCAACUUCUCCAUAUAGCAAUGACCUGCCAAUUUAUAUUUUUUACAAUAACAAAUGGUCCAGACUCUGUCAAGUUAUAUAACUGUGUUUACAAUUUUUGGGCAUUUUGUCUAUAACUGAGUGAAUGCCAUUGCUAAACCUUUUUGAAAAUUUGUUGACAAGAAUCUGGGCGGGGGGGGGGACAUUUUAUGUUGUGAAACACAUGCUUGUUAGAUACGAAAUGCAUUAAUGUCGUUUUUAUAAUGAGUAUGAGAUUGCAGUGCCUUUAGACUGUAUAAUAUGAUUGCAUUUUAUAUUACAUAAUUAUAUCUAGACUUAAAGUUUGCUGUAUAUGUUCAGUCGGUUUCUCUGGUUGUAUUAAUACUUUGUUUUGUAUAACCAGAUUUCUAAUUUUGUAUAAUAAAAUAUUUUCAUUAUA